GCUGUCAAUGUACGUCGACUGCUAACAAAGCACUGUUUGCCCAUUAUUCUGUCAAAUUCAAUUGAAAUCAAAGAUGGCCUCCCACUAGCAGUCUAUAUAUCUCUAGGACGUUGAUCUGUAUCCUUUCCUAAUCUUUGCAUAGGAUAAGUUGUUUACAUUUCAGCGUUUACGUUCUUGUUUUGUUAGUUUGUUUCCUAACCUCACAAAACAGAAGUGACUGAAUUUGAUUAUACUUUUGUAGUAACGUUAAAAAAUGAGUGAUUCGGAGUCCGAUGAUAAAAUAGAGAAGAAAGUAUCUACGGGGCCAGUCGAUAACGCCUGGGCCCUUAAAUUACCUGAAUUUCGACCUGAAGAUAAUCCACACCGUUUGCUGGAGGAAAGCUCAUUUGCGACGUUAUUCCCACGUUAUCGAGAGAAUUACUUACGGGAAUGCUGGCCAAUAGUGCAAAAAGCUUUAGAGGAACAUGGGAUAAAAGCGGAAUUGGAUGUUGUGGAAGGAAGUAUGACAGUAAGAACGACCCGCAAAACAUGGGACCCCUACAUCAUAAUAAAAGCACGUGACAUGAUCAAGCUACUUUCGCGAAGUGUUCCGUACGAACAAGCAGUUAGAGUUCUGCAGGAUGAAAUCAGUUCCGAUAUAAUAAAAAUAGGCUCCUUACUCCGCAAUAGAGAAAAAUUUGUUAAGAGACGACAACGAUUGAUUGGGCCAAAUGGAUGCACUUUAAAAGCUAUUGAAUUGUUAACGGGAUGCUACGUUCUGGUUCAGGGCCAGACGGUAGCAGCUCUGGGCCCGUACAAAGGCCUCCAGCAGGUGCGCCAAAUCGCAGUCGACACCAUGAACAACGUCCACCCGGUGUACAACAUCAAGGCGCUGAUGAUCAAACGCGAGCUGGCCCGGGACCCAAAGUUGCGCAGCGAGAACUGGGAGCGCUUCCUGCCCAAGUUCAAAGGCAAAAACCUGAGCAAGCGAAAGCAGCCCAAGAAGAAAGAUAAGAAGAAGCCGUACACGCCGUUCCCCCCGCCGCAGCCGCUCAGCAAGGUGGACAAGCUGCUGGAGAGCGGGGAGUACUUCCUGAAGGAGGAGCAGCGACAGGCGGAGCGCCGGAAGAAGAAGGUGGAGAAGCAGGAAGCAGCGGCCAAGCAGCGAGACGAGCGCAGGAAGCAGCCCUACGUCCCGCCGGAGGAGCCUCCGGCGCAGAAGCCGGCCGUCUCCCAGGACAUUGACCUGGAAGCCAUCAAGAAGAAGGUGAAGAAAGCACAGAAGAAACGGAAGCUCUCAGAUUGAAAUGUUUCUGCAUAGCUGCCACGUAAAAUUACGAAGCAUAUAAACAUGUAAUUGUGUUAUACACUAAUUAUCAUGGAAGUGUUUUACAUCUGUACUCUGGAGAUAUUUUCUACAUGUACAUGUGUGUUUUCCAAUAGAUUGAAUGGGCCUUAA